CUGGUUUUUCUCGGUUCCAAGUUGUGAAGAUUAUUCCAAGCCGACCCAAGUCAAGCAUACAAGAUGAGAGGAAAACGCUCAAAGCAGUAUCGCAAGCUCAUGGAGCAAUUCUCCAUGACGUUUGGCUUUCGCGAACCAUAUCAGAUUCUAGUGGACGCAGAAAUGAUUAAAGAUGCAAACCGAUGCACUAUGGAUCUAGAGGCCAGGUUACAGAGCACAGUUCACGGCAAAGUGAAGCCACUGAUUACCCAAUGCGAGAUCCGAAAACUCUACGCUGAGAAAGACCAGCCUGGCGUCAAUGCGGCGAUUGAAUUAGCCAAGACAUUCGAACGAAGACGCUGUGGCCACCACCCCAACGAGUAUCCCAAACCUCUCGAGACCAUGGAGUGCAUGCGGUCUGUCGUGGACCCCAAGUCAACAGGCGAGAAUAAGCACCGCUACGUUGUCGCAAGCCAGAGUGUGGAUGUGCGAAGAAUGCUACGAGGAAUUAGAGGAGUGCCGUUGAUAUAUAUCAAGCGGAGCGUCAUGAUCCUGGAACCCAUGGCGGAUCAGAGCGUGCAAAUUCGAGAGCGAGAAGAGAAGCGAAAGUUUAGAGCGGAGCUGAAGAAUACCCUGGGCAAGAGGAAACGCGAGGAAAAGGAAGAACGAAAUGGAGGCGAGGGCGAGGGUGACGAUGAUGGAAGCGAAAGCGACGACGACGACGUGAAGCGAGAAUCUACGACAGAGAAGAAGCCCAAGAAGAACAGAGGCCCCAAAGGGGUGAAUCCACUAGCCAUGAAAAAGAAGAAGUCUCAGCAACUACCGAAGAAGGACGCCGGCAAGAAAGCAGAGGCUGUAUCAGAUGCACCAGCCAAGCGGAAGCGAAGGAAGAAGACCAAGUCAGAGAACGGGGCGACGCCCAGCGGUCCAGAGCCGAGCACAGUGGCUCCGAGCAAUGCUGGGGAGGAGAAUUAGAGUGCGAAUCCCAUGAAAAAACGUGGUAACGCGGGUUGGAUUCGUCUUAGGUGGUAUUUUAUCGAGGGCAAUGAAAACGCCCCAGGUUUUGAAAAGGAGUUAUAAUACUAUGACAUUUCGGAGUAUAGGUAGAAGCGAUUGUACAUAUUAACUCGUCAGAAUAUUACUCGCAAUCACUAGCAGUUCGAUGACGGUUGCGGGUGUCUCUCUUAAGGGUAUUUUAUUUUGCUGCUUUUGUGGAAUGACAUUGAUGGAAUGCAGUCUGUGGUUGAGCGCUGCGUAAUAGGUGAAACAUCUCAAUGCGGCAAAACAGGGCGGUGCGUG